GGUCAAGGGAGGCGGCAAAUGAGGUGCAUAUGGGACAGUGGGGGUGAGAAAGAAGGAAACAACCAAUUUAGAUCCUAGGUCCACAUGAGCGAUGAAGGGCAAAUAGAGAAAUCUAGCCCCAUCCUCCCUCAAUGCCUCCUUGGGUAAGGACAAACGCCAAAGGAGGCGCCAUCCCAACGCGGUUCUGGGCGCAGCUCCCCAGCGGCCCCUGCAGAACCCGCGAUCGAGAGGAGACCUCCGAGCUGCCUAGACGGGACCCGGAAGUGCGCGCCGGGGAGCCCGAGUUUCCAGUCGUGCCCGGGGACCGAGGGCGCCGCCGCUGCGGAGCGGCUGCGCGAUGACUGCCCGUCCGUUGUGCCGCGCUCUGAAGAAAUUUUAGAGGAGGUCUUGUCUUUGGAGCAGCACUGGGGAUUGGAUCCAGCCCAUGGAGAAGCUGCCUGAGCAGAUAACCCCGGAGUCCCUGUCCCCAUCCUCCAAGCAGGAGCCCCGAAAGAGCAAGGAUGAGAAAACUGACACCCAGGAAGGAGAAGUAACUUACCCAAGAUCACCCUGCUGGUAAUGGCAGAGCUGGAAUUCGAAUUCAGUUCCGCCCGGCUCCCGAUCGCUUCCACCCCCACCCCCUUCAGCGCACCGUUGAGCAAGGCCCGCCCCGCGAACAGCCCCCGAGGCCAGGUGCCUCUGGGCCAAGGGCCAGGUGAGCGGAGGGCGCGGCCACAGGUUGGUUACCAAGAGCCUGCGAGUUCCUGUCUUUUUUCAUCCCUGAAUCGCUGCCGCUGGCCUGAGCUGGGCAUGGGGCGUCCAGUGAUGCUGACUUUAGAGGACAAAGACGUAAAGGGAUUCACGUGGGCCGUAGCCCCCGCCUUGACCUCCUUGGGCUACCUGCUCAUACUGCUGGUCUCCAUCUUUCCCUUCUGGGUGCGGCUUGUAAACGAGGAGUCCCACGAGGUGUUUUUCAGUGGCCUGUUUGAGAACUGCUUCCAUAUCAAAUGCUGGAAGCCUCGACCCUUAUCAGUGCACAUCAUUCUCGGCCGCGUUUUCCUGCUGUCUGCAGUCAUCCUGUCUUUCCUCACCACCUUCAUCCUGGUGUCCUUUGCAUCUCAGCUCUUUCCGAGGACCCGGAAGCGCAAUUUGGUGUCAGCCUUCAUCAGCUUCCUCACAGGGGUCUGUGCCUUCCUGGCCUUGUUGCUGCAUGCCCUGGAGAUCCAGAAUCUGAGGAUGAAGCCCACCCCCCCCCAGAUCUCCGUGCAGUGGCCUUACUACGUCCUUGGCUUUGCCAUCGUUCUGUUCAUAGUGGCUGGUGCCAUCUGCCUCUUUCAAGAAACAGCCUGCCUUAGCUGCCAUCGGUUGCCCAAUUCCCGGAGUAUCGAGGAAACCCAAGGGGUCCCCCACCUGGAGAAUCUGGAGAGUUUGGGAGGAGACCUGAGCUCAAUACAAAAGGAGACACUGCUGAAGGAAGAAACAAUUACCUAGUCCGGGAGAGUGUCCUCCACCCAGCCUCAGCUCUGUGAGUGCCUGCGUGGGGGCCUUAGGGGCAGCCAGUCUCUGCGGCUUCUGAUAAGCUUCCUGAGUCAGAUCAGUGCUCCCCUUCCCCUUACUCACAGUGAUUCUGUCUUGCUUGUCUUUGCAAUUUAUUAAAAGUUUUUUGAAUUA